GUUGGGGGUGGCCAUCCGGAGAGAGCGUUGGGAUCGCGGCUGGUGGCCUGUACGGUGGCGGACCGAGGGGGUGCCUGUGUUCUUCUGUGUGGCAGUUCAGAAUGAUGGAUCAAGCCAGAUCAGCAUUGUCUAACUUGUUUGGUGGCGAACCAUUGUCAUACACCCGAUUUAGUCUGGCUCGUCAAGUAGAUGGCGAUAGCAGUCAUGUGGAGAUGAAACUAGCUGUAGAUGAAGAAGAAAAUACUGACAAUAACAUGAGGCCCAAUGUCAGAAAACCAAAAAGGUUUAAUGGGAAUAUCUGUGCAAUCAUUGCUGUCAUCCUCUUUUUCUUCAUUGGAUUUAUGAUUGGCUACUUGGGCUACUGUAAAGGUGUAGAACCAAAAGCUGAGUGUGAGAGACUGGCAGGAACAGAGUCCCCAGAGAUGGAUGAGCCAGAAGAAGACUUCCCCAGAACACCUUCUCGCUUAUAUUGGGCAGACCUCAAAACAAAAUUGUCAGAGAAACUGGAUACCACAGAGUUCACCAGCACCAUCAAGCUGCUGAAUGAAAAUUCCUAUGUCCCUCGUGAGGCUGGAUCUCAAAAAGAUGAAAAUGUUGCAUUUUAUGUUGAAAAUCAAUUCAGUGAAUUUAAACUUAGCAAAGUCUGGCGUGAUGAACAUUUCAUUAAGAUUCAGGUCAAAGGCAGUGCUCCAAACUCUGUGACUGUAACAGAUCUGAACGGUACGCUGGUAUUCACGAUGGAUAAUCCUGAGGGUUACAUGGCAUAUAGUAAGGCUACGACAGUUACUGGUAAACUGAUCCAUGCUAAUUUUGGCACUAAAAAAGACUUUGAGGAUUUAAACUCUUCUGUGAAUGGAUCUUUAGUGAUUGUUAGAGCAGGGAAAAUCACAUUUGCAGAAAAGGUUGCAAAUGCUGAAAGCUUAAAUGCAAUUGGUGUCUUGAUAUACAUGGACCAGACUAAAUUUCCCAUUGUUGAAGCAGAUGUUCCCUUCUUUGGACAUGCUCAUCUGGGAACAGGUGAUCCUUACACCCCUGGAUUCCCUUCAUUCAAUCACACUCAGUUUCCACCAUCUCAGUCGUCAGGAUUGCCUAAUAUACCUGUCCAAACAAUUUCCAGAGCAUUUGCAGAAAAGCUGUUUGAAUAUAUGGAAGGAGAUUGUCCUUCUGAUUGGAACACAGACUCUUCUUGUAAGCUGCGAUUCUUACAAAAUAAGAAUGUGAAGCUCACUGUGAACAAUGUGGUGAAAGAAACAAGAAUUCUUAACAUCUUUGGAGUUAUUAAAGGCUUUGUAGAGCCAGAUCGCUAUAUUAUAGUAGGGGCCCAGAGGGAUGCCUGGGGUCCUGGAGCUGCAAAGUCCAGUGUAGGAACAACUCUCCUGUUGAAACUUGCCCAGAUAUUUUCAGAUCUGGUCUUAAAAGAUGGGUUUAAACCCAGCAGAAGCAUUGUCUUUGCCAGUUGGAGUGCUGGAGACUUUGGAGCUGUUGGUGCCACGGAAUGGCUAGAGGGAUACCUUUCCUCCUUGCAUUUAAAAGCUUUCACUUACAUUAAUUUGGACAAAGCUGUACUUGGUACCAAAAACUUCAAGGUUUCUGCCAGCCCACUGUUGUAUACUCUUAUUGAGAAAACGAUGCAAGAUGUGAAACAUCCACUUACUGGGCUGCCUCUAUAUCAGGACAGCAACUGGGUCAACAAAGUUGAGAAACUCUCUUUUGAUAAUGCUGCUUUCCCUUUCCUUGCAUAUUCUGGAAUCCCAGCAGUUUCUUUCUGUUUUUCUGAGAACACAGAUUAUCCUUAUUUGGGCACAACCAAGGAUACCUAUAAGAUACUAAUUGAGAGAGUUCCUCAUUUGGACAAAAUGGCACGAGCAGCAGCAGAAGUGGCCGGUCAGUUCAUGAUUAAACUUACCCAUGAUGUUGAAUUGAACCUGGACUAUGAGAUGUAUAACAACAAAAUGCUUUCAAUUGUGAGGGACCUGAACCAAUUCAGAGCAGACAUAAAGGAGAUGGGCCUGAAUCUACAGUGGCUGUAUUCUGCUCGUGGAGACUUUUUCCGUGCUACUUCCAGACUAACAGCAGAUUUCAAGAAUGCUGAGAAAACAGAUAGGUUUGUCCUAAGGGAAAUCAAUGAUCGUAUCAUGAAGGUGGAAUAUAACUUCCUCUCGCCCUAUGUAUCUCCACAAGAUUAUCCUUUCCGACAUAUCUUCUGGGGCCACGGCCCUCACACUCUGUCAGCUUUAAUAGAGAACUUGAAGCUACGUCAGCAAAAUAACGGUGCUUUUAAUGAAACACUGUUAAGAAACCAGUUGGCUCUAGCUACUUGGACUAUUCAGGGAGCUGCGAAUGCCCUCUCUGGUGACAUUUGGGACAUUGAUAAUGAGUUUUAAAUGUGAUACCCGUAACUUACAUAAGAACAGCAGAGCAGUCUGGUUUCUAGACUUGUGCUGGUUAUGUUAAAAUUUCAGUAGGGCUACAAAACCUAAUGUUAAAAUUCUACCCAAUCAUCUUGGUACUACUAGAUGUCUUUAGGCAGCAGCUUUUAAUACAGGGUAGGUACCUGCACUUCAAGUUAAAGUGAAUAACCACUUAAAAAACGUUCAUGAUAGAAUUUUUUCUCUGAUUAUCUCUGGUAUUUUAAGUGCUUUGUAAUGGUAACUGCCUCUUUCCUGUUAUAGUUUUGAAAACAUCGGAACCAGUUAUGUGAACUAUUACUCUAAAUCCUAAGUACAUGAGCUGGUAUCUUUUGUGAGAGGAAGAAAGUGGUAUCUGGUGAAGGUUAAAAGUAGUGGCUUAGUGUGAUCCUCCAUCCUCAUUUAAUGCUAGAUAGGAGAUACCAUGUCGUAAGACCUUAUACUCCAAAUGAGAUAUAUUCAUUUCCAUAAGGUUUUAGCUGGUUUCUGCAUUCCUGAAUGAAACAGUUAACUUUCAGAAGAGGUGAGGUCUGAAAUAGAGGUCCUUCUGCUGGAUGAAAUGAGGGUCAACUGUUUAUUGCAGGAGCAAGGCCUUAAUGUAUUAACCUCAAUGUUAUUUAUGAAAAGAGGAGACCAGAAGCCAAAGACUUAGUAUAUCUUCUUUUCCUCUGUCCCCUGCCCCAUAAGCCUUUGUUUAGUUUUUUGUUGUUUUUUCCAAAGUAUUCUGAAAGAGAACCGGUUUCAGGUGUUUAAUUUCAGACUCAGUUUGUCAGACUUUAAAGAACACACUGCCAAAUUUUGGCCAAAGUGUUACUAUUUUGGGAAAGCUAUCAUUUUGGCACUGAGGUAUUUAUUGUUUAUUUAUCAGUGACAGAGUUCACUAUAAAUGGUGUUUUUUAAAUAGAAUAUAAUUAUCGGAAGCAGUGCCUUCCAUAAUUAUGACAGUUAUACUGUCGUUUUUUUUUUAAUAAAAGCAGCAUCUGCUAAUAAAACCCAACAGAUACUGGAAGUUUUGCAUUUAUGGUCAACACUUGAGGGUUUUCAAAAAUAGCCGCAAGCCAAAUAAAAUUAUAAAGCUAAGUAUUGGAGAAGAACUAAAUUUAAUUAGGGGUUGCUAAUCAAGUUAGACUUCUAUUUAGCUGCCCAGAUAAAAAUGAUAGUUCUCCUAAAUGCAUUGAAUUGAAACCAAGUUAUAAAUAAAUGUCACUUAAGGCUGCGGUAGUACUCAUGCAAAAUUUUAUAGCUCACUUUUCUAAGGUGCAACUUUAAUUCCAGUUAUGCAAAAUUUCCAGUACCUUUGUCAAAAACCUAACACAUUAUCGGGAGCAGUGUCUUCCAUAAUGUAUAAAGAACAAGGUAGUUUUUGCCUACCACAGUGUCUAUAUCGGAGACAGUGAUCUCCAUAUGUUACACUAAGGGUGUAUGUAAUUAUCGGGAACAGUGUUUCCCAUAAUUUUCUUCUUGCAAUGACAUCUUCAAAGCUUGAAGAUCGUUAGUAUCUAACAUGUAUUCCCAAUUUCCUGUAAUUCUCUAUCUUUUAGUUUUAGUUGAAGAAAACAUUAUGGUCAUUAAGCAUUUGGUGAGUAAAUUAAACCACUGUAAAAUCAAAUUACUUCCUUCAAGAUUUUUUUUUAAGUUAAUGUGGGUGUUGUGUUAUCAUUGUGGUUUCUCCAGGUCUUUUGUUUAGCGGGAUAGUAGCAUACAUUUAUAAUGUUUGCUGUUGACAGAUGAAUUUAACUUUAUCCCCUUAUUUCCAUAUUAUCUCCUAUAAACUUAGUUCAGGCAUGUUUUAAUCCAGAAUUGACCUUUUGGCUUAAAGCAGGGGGAACUUGUAUAGGAGGUUUGGGGGGAGGGGGGAGUGAAGGGUAUGGGGAGGUGAACUUGCAAAAAAAUCUUUGAUCAUGUCUGCCUGUCCAUUAGUAUGUGGUGGUUACAAGUUAAAUGUAGAUACGAACAAAUAAAUUU